UAAACCCACCAGUCUGAGAAGACAAAGACCCCAUCACACUCUCUUACACUCUCUCAAACACGUUCACACGCUCUUUGACAACAUGGCUGCCACAUCUCUCCUGCUCCUGCUCAUCACUCUCCUGCCUGCUCCAGGGCUCACAGCCUACCAGGACUCUGGCAUAGUGAAUGGAGCAGAAGCCACACGCCACUCCAAACCCUACAUGGUCUCUGUACAAGCAAAGAAGUCACACAUCUGUGGAGGGUUCCUCGUGUCUGAGAGCUUUGUCAUGACAGCCGCCCACUGCUACAAAUGGGCUGUGAAUCUGACGAUUGUGGUUGGUGCUCAUGACAUCACAAGACAGGAAAGUUCUUCUUACAGGGUUGAUGUGAAAUAUUACCACAUACAUCCUGGUUACAAUGCUAAGAAAUUGGAGAACGACAUCAUGCUGUUGCAGGUACAUGACAGAGGAAGUAUGCACAAUCUUGUCAAAACGACCCCGAAGAGCAAAGCUGUGCAGCAGAUCCCUCUCCCUAAGAAAGACCAGGACAUCAAGGCCAAAUCCUUCUGUACUGUGGCAGGGUGGGGUGCCACAGAAACAGGGGGCACUGCAAACCCACGCCUUCUGGAGGUGAAUGUCACCGUUGUAGACAGACGUUCCUGCCAGAGAUCUUGGGGGAACUCUGCCACCAUAACUCCGUCCCUGAUAUGUGCCGGUGGUACCGCUGCUGAUUAUAAGGGUGUUUGCCAGGGAGAUUCAGGAGGUCCUCUGGUGUGUAAGGGGACAGCAGUAGGUGUUGUGUCAUUCAACCAGCAAGGAAACUGCAAUGAGCCACAGAAGCCCAACGUCUACACCAAAAUAUCCAAGUAUCUUUCCUGGAUCAAGUCUAUCACUAAGUAUUAAGGAAUGAGACAUUAACUGAGUGACAAUUAUAUAUCAUUGUAUCAAAUAAUAAAGGAUGUCCGUUCUUCAAUGAGCUCUGUACCGUGUGUGUGUGUGUGUGCUCGAGUAGGAUUAGUGUAUAUUCACGCACGUGUAUGUUUGUAUUUUAGUUGAUUUUCAGUAACAGCCUCAAGUCAUUUGCAUUUGGAUUACUGUUAUUACUGUUAGUGCAUUUUAUUGAUUUGUGUUUUUAUUUUAUUCAAUGUGUGUACUUGUUUGACAUUUUAUUGCAUUGUUAGGAGCUAGUAACAAGCAUUUUAACAUAUGCUAAACUGCGUACAUAACCAAUAAAUGUUUGAUUUGAGUAUA